AUGUAUCACACCUAUCUUUCUGCUUCUCCAUCAAUCUCUGAUGUUGAUCUGAUUCAUUUCUUACAACAAACUUUACUCUGUUCUUCCCCUCUUCUUGAUCGUGAUCCCUCUCUCUCGUUCAAUGAACUCUCUAUUCCUCAACUAUUCGCAACUACUCUUUUGACAAUUUGGCAAGCGCAUUGGCGCUGGAUCUUCGACCGAACCCCGUUCAUCGCUGACACCGUUCAACUUCGCCUUGCUCGCUCUCUUGCUCGUUUGGAUGCCGAGUUAAAUCUUGAUUCGACUUUAAAUAAAACCUGGAGCUCGUCUCCCCUACAAAAAAAAAAAUGCUUCUUUAAGCUUGCGUUUGAUCCAUUCCUUCGCUCCAUCCAACACGAUCCUCAGUUUACUGGUUUCAAUCUACCCGCUGAAGCUCCUUCUCCUCUACCCGAUACUCUCUCUGACGACAUAUCAGAGUCUAUACAGCAUCUGUUUUCUGAUUCUGAUGCCUCCUCCUUUGACCGAGAUACCCCAGCUCCUCAGCCUGCGCUUACCAUUUCACCUUUGGCGGUCAAAAUUCUAACUUAUGCGGAUGAUACCUUGAUGUACCUUCACGAUACUCACGAUUUUCAUCGCUUGCAGUCUGCCAUCUCAGUUUAUAUGAAAGCUUCUAACGCAUUAUUGAAUUAUCACAAAUCCAUAGCUACUUCUCUUUCAGGUAAGCCUUCAGCAACUUGGCAAGCCUUAAUGACAUCCCAUGGUAUUACCGCCUGGCAUGAUCGCACAUCUGCCACUCCUCUCAUUUAUCUGGGUUAUCCCAUCUGUUCCAGCAUCACUCAACGCAACGUUGCCUUCCAAAAGCUAUAUGACAUCAUCCGAAAUGCUAUUGCCAUACACUCACAACGCAAUAUUUCCAUCCGUGGAAGGGCAACCAUCCUUAACUCCCUCAUUUACUCCAAAUUAUGGCAUGUUCUACGUCUCACAACAUUUACCAAGGCCCAGUUUCUCUCAUUACGAAGCCUGGGUACUUCUUUCAUCAAUUUUCACAUCUUCCCUAGAAUUUCCUUUGCUACUCUCUCCUUAACUCGGUCAAGCGGCGGUUUGGGACUUCUAGAUCCUCUUUCUCAACAACUGGCUCUCCAAUGGUACUGGGUAUUAUGCCCUCUCUUGCUCCAAUAUCUUGGAUCUCCUGCCCUUUCAAACUUUAUACCACCGAAUCUACUUUUAUUAGGCUCCGAUGUUGCAAAAAAGCUUCUUGUGAGCGAUGUUUUCCGGUUUGAUGCUGACCUUCAGGUGCUUCGUCUUCGUUCCCCCUUCCAAUCCACUCGUCAUCCUAUUGCCUCCCAACGCGUUCAUGACCACAUCGUUUCUAGUCAAUUACUGCUCCAACCUUUCCUUGCACAACAGCGCUUCGUAUCUCCUCGUCCAUCCUUAGAUCCCCAUCAAUCUCCUUCGUUGCGUGCCCUUUGUCGUAGCAUUCUCGUCCCUCCUCUUUCCUCAUCUCUGCGUGGUCGUUUGCCCCUCAACAGUAUCCGUUUCUUCAAGCGAUUACGACAAACCUCUUCCUCUUCCUCUUCCUCCUCCCUUUCUCCCCUCCGGCCUUCCCAAUGGCGCUCAUUCUGGGCGGAGGCCAUCCCUCUUGCUGCUCGCACGGUAUGGUAUCGGGCGAUCCAUGAGAAAAUGCCAACAAGAGCCCUCCUACAUCUACGACUCCCAGAGAAACAUCCAUCUCCUCACUGUACCAUUUGCUCUACCUCAACCACGGAAGAUAUCACUCAUGCUCUGUUCUCCUGCCCACCUAAACUUCAGGUUUGGCGUAACAUCUAUCACUCUUACCUCUCUGUCUCUUCACCUAUCUCUGAUGUGGAUCUCCUUACUCUCCUCCAACAAAUCUUACUUGAUUCCUCACCCCCUCUUGAUCGUGAUGCUACUCUUCCUUUCAGUGAUUUAUCUAUUCCUUAA